GGUAAGGGAUGCUGCCUGGCAUCUCAGAUCCCAUGGGCCAGACUGUUGGGUCCACCAAGGGCCGGGGAGGAUGAGCCAGGCUCCAUGACCAUCUGACCUAAGCAGAAAUAGCCCCCAGGUGGCUAAGCCCCCACACAGUGAGCCUACCUGGGAAGCUGGGGGAAGAAUGUGGGGGGCCAGGCCAGGAAACCUAGUUGGGCCAGAGGAGGUGGGCUGGGGUGAGGGGGGGGCAGGGAAGUCCUGAUCUGGUGCACAAUAGAGGAGGUGGGAAACAGGGAUGUGCUCAGAAAAGCGGGUCAGUGCUGUGGGUCACUCAAAACCACGUUCACGUCCACACAGGGAUGGUGUCUGGGAGACAUGGGAGUGUUCGGCCCCUCCUUCACACCCACUUCUGCUCUGAUGGCCCUGCUGGGUCCACAGAGCCUGAGGCAGAUGUAUCCUCAGCUAGAGGUCAGGCCGCCAGCUGCCCUCUCCCCCACCUUGGAGGAGCAGACGUCUGUCCCCUUCUUGGACGAAGCCAGAUUGGCCACAGCUGCUUGGAGCCCCCUCCCAGCAUCAAGCCUCCCGAUGGUCAGGGAAAGGUCUUCCUGGUUCACCAAGUCCUUCCUGCUCUCAUGUAAGCCCCUCCCUUCCAGCUGGCUGAGGGCAUGCCCAGCAGCCCUGCUUCUCCCAGCGCCUGUCCAAGACUCAAGGACAAUGGUUCAGCCGCCCUCAGUCUGCCCUGCAGCUGCCACCUCAGCAAGGACAGGGGUCUUUCCUCCUCAUCAGUAGGGUUAGGAUGGAGAGAGGAUUAGGUGCCCCCAGCCUCAUCAGCCCCUCCUUGACAGUAUAACGGGAAUAGCAAGGGCUUGGAGGUUUGGAUGUCUGCUCAUUCAUGCUGCGUGACCUUGAGCAGGUAACUUAACCUCACUAAAUCCCCUAAAAUGCCUGAGAGUUAUUCAGAAGGGUGGUGCUAGCCUGUGUCGUGGCCCAUCUAUCUGCCACCCCUCUGUCUCCCAUAUCACCUGUGGGAUCAGGGAAGGUUGUAUGUGCACCUAGGGUGGCUGGGUAACAUGGACAUCCCCCUCCUUACCAACACCCCCUCCCCUCCCCAGGACAUAGUGACCCACCUCUGCCUGGUUUUGCCACCAUUUUCCCCUGCAGCCUCUGUUGGCCUGGCACACUGGGUAAUCAAUUAAUUUAAUUAGUGAAAAUGCCAUCCCCUUCUGCCAGCCCCCAGCCUGGCCAGACCCCUCGCCACUCCCAGGACUCCACACCGCUCCCAGAACUGCAAAGAGAAAAGUAUCCAAUUAACUGAGUGGCAGGUUUCUCAGCUCUGGGCCUAGGCUAAGCCCUAAUUAAGCACCAGCGCCCUGGGGUGUUGCAGAGACUGGAUUCUCAGAAGUCACAUGUGAAAUGGGACCUGAGAGGAUGCCCCAAGGCCAGGUGCCCAGGAAACUUGCCCAACGACCACUCUGUCACAGGCUCCCAAAUGGGAAACCUGGCGUAUGCUCUGCCCCACCCCAAGGGAUGGCACUGAGUCCCCAGCACCACCCUGCACCAGCCCCCACUUCGUGCAUCAGCACCUCCCCCCAUCUCUUCCAUAUGAUAACUGUCCCCACUGCCCUGACUCCCCACACCCGACACUCACAUGCUCUAACCCUCUCCCCCAUGUUCUGUGGAGGACAAGGAGUCUGGGCCAGAGCAAAUCCUGGGAGGUCACACCUUGGUGGGACAUGAAAGGAACUUCAGGGGCCUGAGUUUUGGGUAGGGGCUCACUGCUCACAGUGGGAGGAGAGAGUGGUGGUUGGACCAGAGCUUCUGAAAUAUUAAGGUGGUCAGGGUCAUCUGGCUUCUUGCUAGAAAGAAGACUCAAAUUCAGUUUUACGGGGUGGGGCUUAAGAUUCCACUUUUCGCAAGGUUCCUGCUGGCACCCAGAUGCCGAUGUUUUUGGUUCAGGGACUGCCCUUGGAGAGGCCCGGAGUACAGCUGGGGGCUAAAGAGGGCAGCUCAGGAAGCCCAGAUGGAGAGCAAGCACCACUGAGUGGGAAAAAGAGCAAGGUGCACUACCACAUCGCUGUCAUCAUCAACUACCUGGGCCACUGCAUCUCCCUGCUGGCCCUCCUGGUGGCCUUUGUCCUCUUUCUACGGCUCAGAAGCAUCAGGUGCCUGCGAAACAUCAUCCACUGGAACCUCAUCUCGGCCUUCAUCCUGCGCAACGCCACCUGGUUCGUGGUCCAGCUCACCAUGAGCCCCAAGGUCCACCAGAGCAAUGUGGGUUGGUGCAGACUGGUGACAGCCGCCUACAACUACUUCCAUGUGACCACCUUCUUCUGGAUGUUUGGUGAGGGCUGCUACCUGCACACGGCCAUCGUGCUCACUUACUCCACCGACCGGCUGCGAAAGUGGAUGUUCAUCUGCAUCGGCUGGGGUGUGCCUUUCCCCAUCAUUGUGGCCUGGGCCAUCGGAAAGCUGUACUACGACAAUGAGAAGUGCUGGUUUGGCAAGCGGCCUGGGGUGUACACUGACUACAUCUACCAGGGGCCCAUGAUCUUUGUCCUGCUGAUCAAUUUCAUCUUCCUUUUCAACAUUGUCCGCAUCCUCAUGACCAAGCUCCGGGCCUCCACCACCUCCGAGACCAUUCAGUACAGGAAGGCAGUGAAGGCGACUCUGGUGCUGCUCCCACUCCUGGGCAUCACGUACAUGCUGUUCUUCGUCAAUCCCGGGGAGGACGAUGUCUCCCGAGUCGUCUUCAUCUACUUCAACUCCUUCCUGGAAUCCUUCCAGGGCUUCUUCGUGUCAGUGUUCUACUGUUUCCUCAACAGUGAGGUCCGCUCUGCCAUCCGAAAGAGGUGGCACCGAUGGCAGGACAAGCACUCGAUCCGUGCCCGGGUGGCCCGUGCCAUGUCCAUCCCCACCUCCCCCACCCGUGUCAGCUUUCACAGCAUCAAGCAGUCCACGGCAGUCUGAGCUGGAGAUGACAGCCAGACUCUCCGGCCACGGUCUGUGGAGGUGGCCUGCUCCUUCCCAUGCCCUCCCGGCCAGGCAUAGCCGACACAUAGCCUGGGAGGGCUGCCCUGCACCCCCAGCUGACCCAGAGUUCCAGACUGUGAGAGCAGCCGGAGCGUGGGCCAUGGGAUGAAUGGACAGUCACCCACAGGACUGGGCUGGGCCCAGGGCCACUGGAGGAGGGAACUGGGAAUGAAUGGAAAUCUACGGCCGCACACAUGUCCCUCCAAGAACUGUCUUUUCCAGAGCACAAAAAGGUCAACCCACCAGGGACCUGGGGCUGUCCUCAGCAACUGUGGGAUGGCUGCUGCCCGAGGGACUUCGUGGGAAACUCUCAUGACAGCGUCUGCUGCCUGACCACAGGGAGCCCAGGCCACGUGCUCAGGAGCCCUGGAGACAUCAUCACACAUCGGGCCACAUCACUAGAAAGCACUCCCAAGCCACGGGAGCUUCAACAGCACUGUGGCACUGCCACCAGAAAUGCCCUGCCUUGCUGCCUUGCACCCUUUGAUGUUUACUAUGCUGCAGGCCAGGCUGGCUUCCCCCACUCCACUGUGGACAGCACCCUGGCCCUGACUCCCGUUGCCCCUGCUCCUGAGUGUUUCCCUUUUGUGAGAAGGUGGGGGCUGGGAGGGGGACAGAGCAGCCUGUGAGCAAGAGCCAGGUCUGCCCAGCCACGGCCGGUCCCCCUUUGGAGUGGGCAAAGAGCUCUUGGGGGCUCCCAGUCUGCCAGCUUCAGUGCCCUGGCCCCUGGGGCAGAGCUUGUGGCCCUGGAUGGCCUCUGGGGCAGGAUCACCAGGUAAUCAAAGACAGGAGAAGGCCACCAUCUUCCCAGGUGCCUGGAGCAAGACAGGUGGCUCUUGGGACAGCCAGAUGGCCAGCAGAUCACUGACAGCCCCCACUGGACCCAUCCUUGUCCAGAGUGAUUGGAAGGCCAAAGUGGAGCUCACAAAGGGUGCCCCUCAGAGAUGAGGAUAUGGACUGUAAGGGGGGAGCUAAAGUGAAAAAUAAUCACUAAUCAAUAAUUUAUCUU